AUGGGUCGUGUCAUCAGGGGCCAAAGGAAGGGUAAGGGAAGCGUCUUCAAGUCGCACACCUUCCACAGGAAGGGCGCCGCCCAGCACCGUAAGCUCGACUUUGCCGAGCGCAAGGGCUACAUCAAGGGUGUGGUCAAGGAUAUCAUCCACGACCCUGGCAGGGGUGCCCCCCUUGCUAAGGUUCAGUUCAAGAACCCCUACAAGUACGGCCUCGACAAGGAGCUCUUCGUCGCCGCUGAGGGCAUGCACACUGGUCAGUUCGUGUACUGCGGCAAGAAGGCCCAGCUUUCCGUCGGUAACGUCCUUCCCGUCGGCUCGAUGCCCGAGGGUACCAUCAUCUGCAACGUCGAGACCCGCCCCGGUGAUCGUGGUUCGCUCGCCCGUACCUCUGGCAACUACGCCACGCUCGUCUCGCACAACCCCGACGAGGGCGUGUCCAGGAUCAAGCUGCCGUCCGGCGCCAAGAAGGCCAUCUCCUCCGAUUCCCGCGCCAUGGUUGGCAUCGUUGCCGGUGGUGGAAGGAUCGACAAGCCCAUGCUGAAGGCCGGUCGCGCUUACUACAAGUACAAGGCCAAGAGGAACUGCUGGCCUAAGGUCCGUGGUGUGGCCAUGAACCCCGUGGACCACCCGCACGGUGGUGGUAACCACCAGCACAUCGGUCACGCUUCGACCGUCAGGAGGGACGCCCCCUCUGGUCAGAAGGUCGGUCUCAUCGCCGCCCGCCGUACCGGUCGUAUCUCUGGCUCCAAGAAGGUCACCUUCAACGAGGAGUAA